CAUGCCUAUGCCUAUGACCACUGGGAUAAUGAACGCAAAUUGGCCAAAUCUAAACAGAAAAAAUGACUCUCCAGUGCUUCGCGGCACUACAGUGCUCCAUUGUUCCCCACCAUCCAACCGUCCGUUUAGUUCAUCCCAAGAUCAUCUCUCCAACGCCAUCAUCAUCAACCAUAACAAGAAGGGGAGCUUUAUCCGCUGCUUUAAUCUCCACCACAUUCACGCUGCUCUUGACGCUGACACCUCCUUCAAAGUCCGCCAUAGCCGAAUUCUCAGAACUCCUAAACUCCGGCGGCGUCAAGGCUUUGGAGCUUCGCCUCGGUGACGGUGAAGUACCCGCCGACGGCGACCAGGUUGCUGUUCAUUACUAUGGAAGGUUGGCAGCAAAACAAGGAUGGCGCUUUGACUCGACAUAUGAUCACAAAGAUGAAAAUGGUGAACCGAUUCCUUUUGUAUUCGUUAUUGGGUCUGGGAAAGUCAUUUCAGGGAUUGAAACAGCUGUGAAAUCUAUGAAAGUGGGUGGUGUUCGUAGAGUUGUUAUACCGCCAUCACAAGGGUAUCAGAACACAUCACAGGAACCUGUACCACCUAAUUUUUUUGACAGGCAGAGACUGUUUACAACCAUUUUCAAUCCAACUCGUCUUGCUAAUGGAGAAGGCUCAACUUUGGGGACUCUUGUGUUUGAUAUUGAGUUGGUCAGCCUGAGACAUAAAUGAAGACUUCAAUUAUUCUUUGUCUCCUAUGCCAAUGCUUUGUCUCCUAUGCCAAAAUUUAAGCUGUAAGAAGAUACUUUUUAUUCAUUCUGGGAAAGGAGGUAUUUUACAUGGUCGAUGUGGCUUAUGAUUGCUUACUUCAGCUGUAAUAUAUAAACCAAUUGUCUGAAGGUGUACAAAAUUGUAGAUUCAAUGGAUUGCUGCUAAAUUUCAGCUCCACGUUGGAUAUCAUGUGUUAUCAGUCAAUAGGGAUGAUGGCUUUUGGUUGAGUGCAGUAGUUUCUUUUUUUUCCUUCUUUAGUUUGUCUUUUUUUAUAGGAGAGAAAACUUUGGAAUCUUAUACAGGGGGAAUGAAACAAGAGCUGUUGAAAAAA